GACGGCAGUUGUAGUUGUGACAAAACGCGAAAACGAUUCUUGUUAUUCUUGCCUUGCCCAUGAACAGCUUUAAAUAGCUGUGUAAGUUUUUGUGUGCGUGUGUGUGUCAACGUCAAAGAAAACAUUAAGCAAUUUGAAAUCAACAGCAAACGAGUGAAAUCUGAUUGGAAUUUAAAUUAGUUAAAGCUUUUGUAAGCGAAAACAAUGAAUUCACUGCCGAAAUGUGUUUGGCGUGUCAAAGCGACAAACUGUGCCACGCCUGCGUUUAGACGUACUGCAUCCAAGAUCGCUGGUGCACAGCCACAGCUACUGCAAGUGGAGCAACGACAGCGUCGCCUAGAUGGACAGCAACAACAACGUGAGAACUCGGCUGCAGUCGCAGAAGCAGCGACAGCAGCAGCACCUACAGCAACUGCAACAGUUUGUCCACAUUUGGGCUUAGACCAGGAGCCAGCAACGCCACGCAUUCAUGCCACAGCUGAGUGGAAAAAUGCAUUGGCCUACAAUGAAAUACCAGGACCUAAGCCGAUGCCCAUACUAGGCAACACCUGGCGCCUUAUGCCAAUUAUUGGCCAAUAUACCAUAUCGGACGUGGCCAAAAUCUCUUCGCUGCUGCACGACAGAUACGGACGAAUCGUACGCUUCUCUGGUCUUAUAGGCAGGCCCGAUCUGCUGUUCAUCUACGAUGCUGAUGAAAUUGAAAAGUGCUACCGCAGUGAAGGACCCACACCUUUCCGACCCUCGAUGCCCAGUCUGGUCAAGUACAAGAGCGUAGUGCGCAAGGAUUUCUUUGGCGAGCUUGGCGGCGUUGUGGGCGUACAUGGCGAGCCAUGGCGUCAGUUCCGAUCUCGCGUGCAGAAGCCUGUGCUGCAGCUGUCUACCAUAAGACGCUAUCUGCAACCGCUGGAGCUAAUUACGGAGGAUUUUCUGACACGUUGCGAACAGCUGCUGGAUGGCAAUGAGGAGCUGCCCGCUGACUUUGACAAUGAAAUCCACAAAUGGUCCUUGGAGUGCAUUGGUCGCGUGGCACUCGAUGCCCGGCUAGGCUGUUUGGAGCAUAAUCUGACGCCCGACUCGGAGCCGCAGCAGAUCAUCGAUGCAGCCAAAUAUGCGCUACGCAAUGUGGCCACGCUGGAGCUGAAGGCACCUUACUGGCGCUACUUUCCCACUCCGCUCUGGACACGUUAUGUGAAGAACAUGAACUUCUUCGUGGGCGUUUGCAUGAAGUAUAUACAAAGCGCAACAGAACGCUUGAAGACACAGGAUCCCAGUCAACGCGCGGGCGAGCCAUCGCUGCUGGAGAAGGUGAUUAUGUCGGAGAAGGAUGAGAAGAUAGCCACUAUUAUGGCAUUGGAUCUGAUACUCGUUGGCAUAGACACAAUCUCGAUGGCCGUCUGCUCUAUUCUGUAUCAAUUGGCCACACGACCCGUUGAGCAGCAAAAGGUGCACGAAGAGCUCAUGCGUCUUCUACCGGAUGCUAAGACACCACUAACGAUUCCACUGCUUGACCAAAUGCACCACCUGAAGGCAUUCAUCAAAGAGGUCUUCCGCAUGUAUAGCACAGUUAUUGGCAAUGGUCGCACACUGCAAGAGGACAGCGUUAUAUGCGGCUAUCAAGUGCCUAAGGGCGUGCAGGCCGUAUUUCCCACUAUUGUCACUGGCAACAUGGAGGAAUACGUUACAGAUGCAGCCACAUUCAGACCCGAGCGCUGGCUGAAGGAGCAUCAGGGUGGCACUCCAGGAAAACUCCAUCCAUUUGCCUCACUGCCCUAUGGCUAUGGGGCACGCAUGUGUCUGGGACGUCGGUUUGCUGAUUUGGAAAUGCAAAUAUUACUGGCCAAGCUGCUGCGUAACUACAAACUGGAAUACAAUCAUGCGCCGCUGGACUAUGCGGUGACCUUCAUGUAUGCGCCGGAUGGCCCACUGCGCUUCAAAAUGACGCGCAUCUAGUG